AUGGACCGAAAACUUGUUAUUUUUCUCGCAAAAGCUUCGCUCCCACUAAACAUCAUCGAGCUGCAAUCCUUCAAGGAACUCGUGCAAACGCUGAAUCCGUCCUACGCCGCCCCAACCAGGAAAACCCUGAAGAAACUGAUGCAGAAAGAAGUUCGUAGCAUUGACGAGGGGAACAAGAAACUUUUCAGUGGUGAUGUCAAGCUCGCGAUCACUGUAGACGAGUGGUCAUCAAAAAACGCCUCCUGUGCACUGUUGGCGAUAACCGGACACGUUUUGAAGAGGGACUUCUCAGAGAGGGCCAAUGUGGUUUUAGAUUGUGUCCCAUUGGACGAGGAAAGGUCGUCACACGAGCGAUGUGAUAAAAUCAAAGAUUCUGGCAAGUUUUGCAAUCUUGGGAUUGCCGCGAAUAACGUGUCAUUUAUGGUAGCGGAUGGGGCCACGGUCAUGAUAAAAGCUGCUUCCGAUUUGGGCAUACAGUACAUUCACUGCUGUGCACAUGUUAUAAAUCUGGCCGUAUCUCAAGCUCUAACCCUUCCUGUGUGUGCGAAUGCUCUGAUGAAGAAAACCUUCAAAAGGCUCCUUAAAGAGGAGAAGCUCCCUCAGGUCAUCCCUAUGACUGAUGCGCCAACGAGGUGGUCAUCCACAUAUUUUAUGAUAUGCGAUUUCCUUGCCGCGAUGUCGGCCAUUGAAAGAGUGGCAUCACUUUUUGACAUGGCGCCUCCGGAAGACGGAGAGAUCCGAACCUUAAAAACGAUGCGAACGUUCCUGCAGCCUUACCAAGCGGCGACCAAUCAGGUAUUCAUGGAUUCCAGUUAA